AUGAUCUUCCUGAUGACCCCGGCCAUUCGAAGUGCCGUUUUCUACGUUGGAUCGACACUGUUUUGUUCCCUUUUGGGAAAGAUCGUCGUCACUAGAUUCUUCUUCGACUAUCCCAUUGUUAUUCUUAUGCUACAAAUGGCCACCACACUAUUCAUCAUCGAACUUUUAAGAGUGAUCGGAGUGCUGAAACUCUCACCAUACUCGUUUGACAAGGGACGUCACUUCUUCUUGCCGUCCAUUCUCUUCUGUAUCGCUCAGUGGUUGACGCUGUCAGCCUUCGAAGGCAUCGGAAUGCCGGCGUUCGACUCCGUUAAAAGAGUGACUCCGGUGAUUAUUCUCUGUGCCUCAAGCGCGAUCUCUCGCCAGAGUCGUCUCAACAACGCUCAACUGAUCGGUGUCAUAGGAGUCUCACUCGGUUCACUCUUAACAGUGAACUUGGAGCUCUCGCUGGACCGGUACUCGCUGUUCUACGGUCUGAUGGCUGCCACACUGCAAGCAGUUGCUUACAUGCAAUUCGAAAUGCUUUCUCGGACCUACCAGGCUGUUGAACUGUUGUAUGUGAACUCUUUCAACUCUCUGAUUUUCUUCUUAGUUGCUGACGUUGUACAGGACGAGAUCCGAGACGCGUUCAUGUACAUGUUGACAUCGGCACAUCCAUCGUUUGGCGGUGUGCUUGCGAUACUUCUGCUCUCUGGAAUCCUCAUUCAAUUUGUCACGUUCCUUUGCCUUGAGCACAACGGCGCUCUAAGAACUCAAAUCCUCUCCAACAUUCGGGCUGCUGUUCAGGUAUAA